AUGAAAAUUCUGCCUACAGAAUUAAAAUCGGCGCUAAAAUCUGUUAAAAAUUCCAGUCCAGGACCCGACAACAUUCCAAAUAUUUUUAUACAACAACUACCAAAAGCAGGAAUAAAUUAUUUAUUAGAUAUCUACAACUGCAUAUGGCUGAAUGGUGUCUUCCCUACCAAGUGGCAAGAAGCAAUAGUAGUGCCCAUUCUAAAACCUGGAAAAAACAAGCUUCGAAUCGACAGCUACAGACCUAUCGCCCUGACAUGUUGCCUAUGCAAACUGCUAGAGAAAGUAAUCUGCAAAAGACUGCGAUGGUAUUUGGAGACCAAUAACCUACUAGGAAAAAAUCAAAAUGGGUUUAGACAGUAUCGUUCGACGAUGGACAACCUUGCAAUGUUAGAUAUAAACAUUUGCGAAGCCUUCCUUAGAAAACAACAUCUAAUAGCAAUAUGCUUAGACAUUGAGAAGGCUUACGACAUGCUUUGGAGACACCGAAUAAUACAACAACUUAUAAAGUGGAACAUAAGUGGAAGCAUGAUACAAUUUAUAUACAAUUUCCUAAAAAGCAGAUCUAUAUAUGUCCGUGUCAACGGCAAUUUAUCCAAGAAAGUUGAAAUCUUAAAUGGGGUACCGCAGGGAUCUGUACUAAGCGUAAUUUUAUUCUUGAUUGCAAUAAACGAUAUCGCUGAAGUCUUCUCUAAACCAGUUAAAUACACCAUAUUCGCUGACGACUGUACCUUCUUUAUAACCGGGAAAAGUCUAAGCACCAGUCAGCAAAUCCUUCAAGACAAUUUAGAUAGACUCCAAAAAUACGCCCUACAAACUGGAUUUAAAUUCUCAAAAAACAAAACCACCGUUACAGUUUUUUCAAAACAAAGAACAACACAAAACCACCAACUACAGCUACACUUAGGCCAGCACCAACUCUUGAUAACAAGCACUCCAAAAAUCCUCGGUCUAAUUUUUGAUAACAAAUACACUUGGACGCCAUUCCUUAAAAAGCUCAAAGAAAAAUGUGUCAAGAGAUUAAAUAUAUUGAAGGUCAUCGCUUCGAAAAACUGGGGGGCUGAAUUCCAAAUUCUAAUUAAUACAUAUAAGGCCUUAGUUCUGUCUAAACUAGAUUAUGGAUCAAUCGUCUACGAUUCUGCAAAACCACGCGUUCUAAAAUUAUUAGCACCUAUACAUAAUGCCGGAGCUAGAAUAGUCACUGGAGCUUUCCGAACGAGUCCGGUAAAUGCAAUUCUAUGUGAAGCUGGUCUAAUACCACUGGAAACUCGAAGAAAACAACUGAGCUUAUCGUAUGCAGCAACCAGAUUAUCAACGCCUUCAAAUCCUAUCUACGAGAAAUUAACUAACAUCGCCCAUUUCAAUGAAUUUAAGGAAAAACCCAAACUUCCGGAACCGUUAAAUAGUAGAGUCAAAACAUACUGGCAAGAACUAAAUAUGGAUACACCAAAAAUCAUAUCAAGAAUACAGUAUCAAAUUCCACCAUGGACGAUAGAUCCUCCUUCCAUACUCGAUAAAAUUCUGAAAGCAGGCAAACAAAUUAACCCAAACGUUCUCAAAAGUCUAUAUACUGAAUUAUCGAAUGAAUACCCGUACCAUACGCAAAUUUUCACUGAUGCUUCAAAAUCAGGACAGGGGACUGGAUGUGCGGUAUGCACUCCCGAACAUGAGAUCCUAUUCAGGCUCCCGGAAACAUUCACAAUAUUCACUAGUGAAGCGUUAGCUGUUCUACAAGCCUUGAAGUACAUAGAAGAAACAACACACAAUAAAUCCAUCAUUCUAACUGAUUCUAAAAGCGUCCUACUCGCCCUACAAAAUUUGGAAACAAACAACACUGUAAUCCAAAACAUUAUUGAAUUAAAUGAAACACUUAAGCGAGACAAAAGAGAAGUGUUAUAUUCCUGGAUCCCCUCCCAUAUUGGUAUUGAAGGUAAUGAAAAGGCUGAUACAGCAGCAAAACUGGCUAGCUCCAGUACAGCUAUAACGAAAUGUGAACAGGCAACUCAUCAAGACAUCCAAAAGCAUUGCACCAAGGCGCAAACGGAAGUGUGGAAUGAAGAAUGGAGAAAUAGCAGACCAACUAAGCUACAUAAAGUUCGAAAUAAUAUACAUGACUUCAAUCCGGCGCUACUACUAAAUAGAAAAGACCAAGCCAUUAAUUUACAAGAAAGUACAGAGAACACCGUGUUACAAGUUGAAAAUAUCAAACAGCAAGAAGAAAAGCUUGUUCCUUUCGACACACUUAUAGAUGGAAAGGAAAUUUCAAUAACGCCGACACUUGCCUUUACAAAGGCAGAUGGCAAAGAUUGCAAUGCUGUUACCGCUACUUCAUCAGCUCAGCGUUGUUUUGUAAUAUCACGUGGACAUGAAAUUAACGUUGAGAAGUUUAAAAAAUAUGCCAUACAAAUAGCAAGAAAAUUUGUUGAAUUAUAUCCAUGGUAUUGUAUGCCUAUUUUAAUUGACAAAAUUUUAAUCCAUGGACCAGCCAUCAUAGCUUCUACAUUAUUACACAUCGGACAGUUAUCUGAGGACGCCCAAGAAACAUUAAACAAAUACAUAAAACGUUUUCGUGAAGACUUUUCACGAAAAAUGUCGAGAAUGAAAACUGUGGAAGAUGUGUUCUUUCGGCUGUUAAUUGCAUCCGAUCCAUAUAUCUCCAGCUUAAGAAAAUUGCCACAAAUCCACUUACAAAUAAAACAAAACUAUUAA